UUCCUUUGCAGCCUGCCUCCUAUUUAAAAUCCCGCUGCCUGUCCUCAGAUGCAGAGACAGCGCUGCUCACACACGCGCGACGGCUGCACCUGUGGGGAUUCGGGCACGUUGGCUGGCCUUGGCUCACCGGCCGUUCUGCGGCUGCCUCCCCGGCCCGUUCCAGCCCGCGUCUGCUGCCCGUGAGCUCCCAGCCCGCCUGCCUUUGCUUCACGCCCGUCGUCGGCAGCAGAAUUUGGGCAGCUGUACGGGACUCGCCGCCCGCGCACCAUGCUGGCCGUCGGCCUCUGCGUCUUGCUCCUGUCCUGCUGGCACGCCGAUUCGCUGCCAUUGUCCACCCAGCUCUCGGAGGAAGACGAAAAGGUCAUCAAAUGCAUCACGGAGGUUCUGGCUGACACCCUGUCCAAAGCCAGCCCGGUUCCGGUCGCCAGCGACUGCUUGACGAUCCUGAAAGAAGACGAGCGGGUCCUGGCCAUGUUGCACCAUCACUACCUGCUGAAGGAGCUAAAGGAGUUGGUCCAUGAAGAGAACGCCCACCACCACCCGAGCCACAGCGCCUGGCAGGAGACGGAGGAGGGCCCCGAGGGGGACGAGCUGAGGAAGCGGGACAAGUCCCUCCAGCAGAGCUCGGCCGCCUCCGAGACAGUGGAGGAGAAGGAGGGCGAGGCCCGGAAGGAGGAGUAUGAGAAGAUGGAGAAGAUCGAGGAGAAGGUGAAAGAGGAGAAGGUCUCGCACAGGGAGGACAGCACCCAGGUGGAGGAGGAGGCCAAGGAGAUCUUGGAGGGCGAGGAAGAGGAGGAGGAGAGGAAGAGGAGGCACGAGGAGGUGAGGCGGGCGUCGCCGAAGCUGAGGGAGAUCCGGGCCAGCAAGAAAACGGGGCCGCCAGCCAAGAGGCACUUCAGCCAAGAGGACACUUCGGAGGAGGAGCCGCCGUACCACCAUGGAGGCCGGCACCACGGGGGGCUAGAGGACUGGGAGCAGGAGGAAGAGGAGGAGCAGGAGGAAGAGGAGGAAGAGGAAAAGCGGUCAGGCCCGGCCCGGCGGAAGGGCGGCCCGGCCAAGCGGAUGGCCGAGAAGGCCAGCGACGAGGAGACGGCCCAGUUCGAGGCGGAGGAGAAGGGCGUGAAAAUCUCCGACUCGCAGAGCCACCUCCACGGGGACGGGCGGCUGUGGAAGGAGGGGGAGGAGCGGCACGGCCACCGCCACGGGCCGCCCGGCCACCCGCUGAAGAAGAGGCACCAUGAGGAUGAGGCGGGGCACCUGAAGGGCAAGCACCAUGGCCACCAGGAGGAGGAGGAGGAAGAAGAGGAGGAGGAGGAGGAGGAAGAGGAAGAGGAAGAAGAGAGGGAGGCCAAGGAGGACAAGGAACAGGAGCUGGAGAAGCUGGAAGAGAUCGAGCACGCGCUGAAGAAGGUGGCGGAGAAGCUGCGGGAGCUGCGGAGAGGGUGACCUCCCCAGUCCCCUUAGGGGAGCGGGGAGCCGUGGGAGGGGGACAAAGGGGCGGCCGCCCCUUUAAGAGUCACCCCCUGCCCAGGCCCCCCCACACAUGUGCUUUCUUUGUAUAUAUCCCUCCUCUCCUCUCCCACUCGGCUGUGGACUGUUAUCAAAGGCUCAGAGCUUGUGCUUUUCUACCUGUCCCACCCCCCUCCGUCAGGGACCCAGCGCGACCCGAGGCCAAGGAAAAUAACCAACCCGCCAACCGACCCUCUCUACCCCCACCAUGCAGGAAACGUCCCCCCAGAGCAAUGGAGGGUGAGAGAUAUGGGGGGGCACUGCUCUGGGGGUGCUCUGGGGGUAUCAAGUGGGUGGGAAUGUCCCCCUGAGAACUGCCCGCAACUGGUAUGGGAUAAGGGUGGCUACUUUCUGCCCCCCAGGACCCGUCGGGGGCAGAUCAGGGGCGUGGCCAGUGGCUAUUCUCUGCCCCCUCCCCACCCAGGGUUCCCCUUGUGGUCUGUUGUUUAAAGCUGACCUCCCCCCCCCGGCACCGAAGAAGGGAUAGAAAGAGGGGACCCUGCGGUGCCAGGAUGGGAACCUGCCUGGCUCCCACCCGCCGGGCAAGUCAGACUCUGACUGUUAACACUCAGCCUCGUGGGACCCGGGGGCUCUGCGUGGUCCUCGAAACCUCAGCUUCCCUGAACCCCUCACGUCGCUUUGGGCUCAGGGGUCAGCCCUGCCUGCCUCCCAAGGGGUCAUUUUCACCAGCAGCCGGACGCGCUCCGUCCAUCGGGCCCGGCGGGAGGCCCGGAGGUGGAGGGGAGAUGGCGGGAGGCAGCCGCAGGAAAGCGAGGGGCAGGGCGCCUGCACUGGGGGUCGAUCAGCUGGAGAAGGUACAGCUAACCUUUCCCCGGCUGGCCUGGCUGAUGAGGUCAAGGCCCAGGGCUCUGUGCGUCUGUCCCACCUGGGCUUUCCCACUCCCGUCGGCCCAGUGGGGAGGUGCGGGCGCCGGAUCCCACCCCGGCUUGCGCCUCGCCGAAGGGGGCCGCUGAGUUCCCCCUGCAGACCAGGGGAGCGAGGUGUGAUCCCUGCUGGGCUAUAGACAGGAACCCAGUCUCUCCUCGCCCGGGAUGUGACCGAGGGAAGGCCUGCAGCCCCAGAGGUCACUCACACACAGCUCAUCACUGUCUCUUGGCACGCAAGAAGGCUGGGCUGACCCGAACGUCCCCCCAGCCGUCCGGCCCUCAGAGCCUGGAGACUUCUAGGGGCGUCAGAGAGGAGACAGGACGUGUUCGACCCCAGAAUUGUCUGUAAGGAUCUGCUCUGGCCCCGCAGAAUAGAGCCCACACGGCAGGAACCCACCUCCUGCCACCCCGUAAGUACAGGCCUUUGCCGCGGGAGCUUGGCAGGCUGCAGUCGUCCCCUGAUCCUCCCUGCAAGGCGACAAACACGGACGCGGCCCGUAUGUUGGGCAGGGGACGCAGAGAGAAGCCCAUUGUAUUAGCUGCAGGGGUCUGUCUCUCUCUCUCUCUCUCUCUCUCUCUCACACACACACACACACACACACACACUCCCCAUGCAGGGGUAACACAAAACAGUGGUUACGUUCCCUAGCGAGAUCCCUCGGACCUGGCCCCUCCGGCGGCCCCCACCCUCCCAAUCCUGGUCUCUCGGGUUUUUCACUUGGUUUUUUUUGCUGAUUUCUCUCUCCCCUCCCGCCCCCCUUCAAGCCGGAGGACUCCCUUCCCCCGGCACCCUCCCCAUAGGCUGCGAGCGCGUCUCUUGCAGUUGCUGAUGCUGUGUGGUUGCUUGGUGGCCUGGUCUAUCAGGUGUUGGGGUUUGGGGGGUUUGUUUGGGUUUUUUUUUAAAUCCCCGUCCUUGUGUAGCCAGCUCUGUGGAACAAUAAAGCACAGUGAAAACCAGA